CUCCUCCUCACGACCUCGUCCACCCCCAAUUCCUCCACCUCAACCCCUCCUCCUCAAUUGGCCUUAACCAGCAAUCAUGGCGACCCGGGAGCCCCAGUUCAACCAGCAUGUCCUCGUGGACACCACGCCCAUGCCGGCGCAUAUCCCCAAGGUGGACGAGAUCGGGGCCACGAGCGCGCCGCUGACCAGCGCGGCCUACUUCAUCGGCGACCGGUGCAAGGCCUACAACGAUGACUUUAUGAAGUGUAAGAUGGAGGCCAACGGGAAGGGCGAGACCGAGUGCUUGAAGGAGGGGAGGAAGGUGACGAGGUGUGCGGCUAGUGUCAUCAAGGAUAUCAACACCCACUGCUUGAAGCAGUUCACGGCUCACUGGGAGUGUCUCGAGAACCACAACCACCACCUGUGGGAUUGCCGGAAGGCCGAGCAGGACUUGAAUUCGUGUGUUUUCGACAAACUGGGCCUCAAGAAAACCAUCCCCGGCGCCCCCGAGAACCAAGUCCCCGUGCACCUGCGCCCCAAGCAGAUCUUCUCCAAAUACCCUGGUCCUCAGUUCUAAGCCCGACGUUGAGUGCAGCAUGUCGCAGGGAGGGUAAAAACAGAAUGAAUCUAGAGAGAUCUGCCUGUCAGGCGAAAGGGCCCGUGUAACUUUUUAUCUUAAACUAUGUUUUUUAUGGUUAUCUGCUAUCUGCUGUCUGGUUUGAUAUGGUAUGAUAUGUACCUGUACCGGUCUGCUUACCUUGAUGGUUAUGGAAUUCAAUGGAAUCGAAUUCGAGGGGACUGGACUGGACUGGACGGGCUUGGACUCGUCCGUUUUAUUGUCGUUGUUUGUAUAUAUGAUUAGCAUUUGUCUAGGUAGGUUCAGUUGGUUAGUAGGAUGGAAUUCUAG